GCCUGAAGAUCCAGUACUCCCACUGGACAGUGAGCCAAACAAAAGCGGUAUGGAGUGCACUGCAGCCGUCUUGUUGCUGGGGCUCCUCUGGGCCCUCCUGUGGUUGCUUUACGACAAAAAGAGCAACAGGAGGACGUGUCGUCUCCCUCCAGGGCCGCUAUCGCUUCCUCUGCUAGGAAACCUGCCUCAACUGGACAAACAUGCACCCUUUAAAAGCCUCCUCAAGCUGAGCGAAACAUACGGUCCGGUGAUGACCGUGCACCUGGGCUGGCAGCGAGCGGUGGUCCUGGUGGGCUACGAGGUCGUCAAAGAGGCGCUGGUGGACCAGGCAGACGACUUCACGGGAAGAAUGCAGCUGCCAUUCCUCCACAAGGCCACCAGGGGCUAUGGUUUGGGCAUCAGUAACGGCGAGCGCUGGCGCCAGCUGCGCCGUUUCACCUUGACCACCCUCCGAGAUUUUGGGAUGGGACGCAAGGGGAUGGAGGAGUGGAUCCAGGAGGAGAGCAUACACAUGAGGGCCCGCAUGGUGAAAAACACGCCUUUUGACCCUACAUUCCUGCUAAGCUGCUCUGUCUCCAAUGUGGUGUGCUGCCUUGUGUUUGGACAACGCUUCAACCAUGACGACGAUGACUUCCUGCAGCUGCUGGCCAUUAUCAGGGAAAUGAUCAAGUUUGCGUCCAGCCCUCUGGGGCAGAUGUACAACAUCUUUCCUUGGCUGACUGAGCGCCUGCCGGGCCACCAGCAUAAAGUCUUUGCCCACAUGGAGACGGUGAGAUCUUUCAUCAAGCUCAAGAUCCAGCAGCAUAAAGACACACUUGAUUCCAGCUCUCCAAGAGACUACAUUGACUGCUUCCUCAAUCGCAUGCAACAGGAGAAGCAUAAUGUCUCCAGUGAGUUCUUCUACGACAACCUGGUGUCCACCGUCAUGAAUCUCUUCCUGGCAGGAACAGAAACCAGCAGCUCCACUAUCCGAUACGCCCUUAGCGUGUUCAUCAAACUCCCUGACAUACAAGAGAAAAUGCAGCAGGAGAUCGACGCCGUGAUUGGACGACAGCGUUGUCCCACCAUGGAGGACAGGAAGUCCAUGCCCUUUACGGAUGCGGUCAUACAUGAGGUGCAGCGCUUUCUGGACAUCGUCCCCUUCAGCGUGCCGCACUACACACUACAUGAUGUCUCGUUUAGAGGCUACGCCAUUCCCAAGGACACCAUCAUCAUUCCCAUGUUGCACUCUGUGCUGAAAGACAAGAAGCAGUGGGCGGAGCCUCGGUCCUUUCACCCUCAGCACUUCCUGGACCAGAAUGGCAACUUCAAGAAGAACCCGGCAUUCAUGCCUUUUGCAGCAGGAAAAAGAGCUUGUGUCGGGGAGUCUCUGGCCCGCAUGGAACUGUUCAUCUUCCUCGUGUCGCUGUUGCAACAUUUCACCUUUUCCUGCGUCGGAGGUCCAGACAGCGUCGACCUCACGCCAGAGCACAGCAGCUUCGUCAACAUGCCGCGGCAACACCAGCUCAUCGCCACACCUCGCUGACACCCGGGCGCCUCCCACUGUUGCGAAUUCUAAAUUCUCUGCGUAUAUUUGGACAUCUUUCAGACAAGUUCAAGCACAAUGUAUUCAAUUUAGCAGAAAGAUGGUGAUGUAAACAGCUGAAUAAGCAUAACAGUCAAAAAAAUUAAACUUCAUAUCGGGCUAC